AUGUUCGGAAAUACGUAUACCAUGCCACAAACAACUGGCGAAGGGACGCCGUUAUAUGAACAUGAUUUUCAACAAUUUUCUCAGCAAGGUGCAUCAGGCAGAGAUUGUUAUGGUCAUUUUGGACCUUCUAUUUUAUUUGAUUUAUUUGAUAAGGAAUUUCCAGAUAGCAUUAUGGUUGAUUAUUUACAUACAACACUAUUAAGACAAACACGAACAAUGAUGACACAUCUAGCCGGCAAAAUUAGUACGGCAGAUCGUGCCCUGCUUGAUAGGGUGUUAACAGAACAAAGAUUUCCAUACUAUUUUUAUAGAGGAGUACGCGGUAUUAGUAAUUUAGCUCACGUGAAAGGAACAGAAGUUCGUAAUCUUUUAUUAUAUUCUAUGAUACCAACAUUCAUCUUAUUUUUCGAUCCUGAACAAGUAUCUUAUAUAUCGUUAUUUUCAUGUGCAAUUCGUUUAUUAUAUGGUCCACCAUUACUUCAUAUUUCAAGAGGUGCUCGAUGUAAUUUAGCUUCGGAAUUAAUGAUAGAAUACAUGAGUCUAGCAGAAAAGGCUUUUGGUCGCACAAAUCUGUUUGAAACUGGUCUGCUUUUAGCUUUGUGA